CAUCCAAACCAGUAGUUCCCACUGCAAGAUCGUCAUCCCAAUAAUGUCAUGAAGAUGGGGUUUUUUUUUUUUUUUUUUUUUUUUUGGGCUCAGUCUCGUUUUCUGUUACAGUUUGUCUCAGACAUGUCAAAAUUCCAACCUGCAGGAACGAACGCCACUGCUGCUACUGCUACUGCUGCUGCCGGUGCCAAGGCGGCUCCCAGCAUGAGCGCCGGCUGGUCUUCCCAACAGACGAUUGCAGCGACUGUGGCUGUGGCUGCCGUCGGUGUUGCUGCCUUUGCAGCGUACCGCUUCCUCAAUCGCAACCAGACAAAGCCAACGUCCGACUCGGCCAAGUCGCACAGCAGCAGCACAUCCGCCGCGGUUGCAAGCGCAGCCGAUGCCUCAUCAUUGCAUGCCGGGAAGGGCAAGCAAGCCGCGACUGAUGUGAACGGCGCGUCCAAUGGAGAUGCUGAAGAGCACGAUGACGAAGACGAGGACGACGAGGACGAGGAUGCAACGGCCGCUGCAGGCACCUCUGAAGACGGCUCGACUCCAGUCAAGAAGCGUCGCCGCACUCACCAAAAGAAGCACAAGAAGAACAAGUCACAUAAUGCCACACCCAAUGGCAAGCAAAACGGCAAGCACUAAAGCAACACCUAGCUUACUACCUUGCAUUUGUCUAGUACAAUGCUGUUUGGAGUGUCGAGUCAACGUUUGUUACGAGAGGUGCUUGUGUUGUUCCCCUGAUGUUGUUUUUGGUCUGUUUUGUCCACCCCACAAAAACAAAAUGCACAACGGUUUGGUCAAUGACUACAA